CGCCCGCCUUGCGCCAUUUUGAAACGCUGGGAGAGGCAGAGGCGAGGGAAAUCUCAAAGUAGAGAGCAAAGUCUAACUGAAGGUUGUAGUUUACUUUCUUUGGGUGAAUCUGGUUCGUGUCUUUCUUUAUCAACUAGGCCGACGACUUGUACGGCCUUUGUCGGAGUUUCCAUAGCAACAGCCCCUUGGUUUGUCCCUUCCAACGGCUUCCAACUGCUCCCCGGUCAGAACCAACUGCCGACCCGGGUCAGUUGCUCCAGUCCGGGCCCCGAGCCCGCUACAGAGAUACCCUCAUGGCAGGAGCCGGUGGUGGGACCAGUGAUGUGCAGUGGUGCUUCUCCCAAGUCAAAGGAGCGAUAGAUGAUGAUGUCGCUGAAGCCGACAUCAUUUCUACUGUUGAAUUCAACCACUCUGGGGAGCUGCUGGCUACGGGGGACAAGGGGGGUCGAGUUGUCAUCUUUCAGCAGGAGCCAGAGAGUAAGAAUCAGCCGCAGUGCAGAGGAGAGUACAACGUUUACAGCACCUUCCAGAGCCACGAGCCGGAGUUUGACUACCUGAAAAGCCUCGAGAUCGAGGAGAAGAUCAACAAGAUCCGAUGGCUGCCUCAGAAAAACGCAGCACAGUUCCUUCUGUCUACAAACGACAAAACCAUAAAGCUGUGGAAAAUCAGUGAGCGGGACAAGAGACCAGAAGGCUACAAUUUGAAGGAGGAAGACGGACGGUACAGAGAUCUCAAUACUGUCACAACACUACGGGUUCCAGUAUUCAGGCCCAUGGACCUGAUGGUGGAAGCGAGCCCCAGACGAGUGUUUGCGAACGCUCACACCUACCACGUCAACUCCAUCUCCGUCAACAGCGACUGUGAGACGUACCUGUCGGCAGACGACCUGCGCAUUAACCUGUGGAACCUGGAGAUCACCGAUCGCAGCUUCAAUAUUGUUGACAUUAAGCCAGCCAACAUGGAGGAGCUGACGGAGGUGAUCACAGCGGUGGAGUUCCACCCGAACCAGUGCAACACUUUCGUCUACAGCAGCAGCAAGGGCACCAUCCGCCUGUGUGACAUGAGGGCCUCGGCGCUGUGUGACAAGCACGCCAAACAGUUUGAGGAGCCAGAGGAUCCAAACAACCGUUCGUUCUUUUCUGAAAUCAUCUCGUCCAUCUCUGAUGUAAAGUUCAGCCACAGCGGACGGUACAUGAUGACCCGCGACUACCUGUCCGUCAAGAUCUGGGAUCUCAACAUGGAGUCCCGCCCAGUAGAGACCUAUCAGGUGCAUGAGUAUCUCCGGAGUAAAUUGUGUUCCCUCUAUGAGAACGACUGCAUCUUCGACAAGUUUGAGUGCUGCUGGAAUGGCAACGACAGCGUUGUGAUGACCGGCUCCUACAACAACUUCUUCCGGAUGUUAUGACACCGAGGC